AUGGUGAUUGAACAAUCAAUGAUGAAGUGUAUGAAAACAGAUGGAGGUGUUGCUCGAGGGAGAAGUACGCAAGAAAGUGUCAUUAGUAAAUGGGCUUAUGGCAUGCAUACGAUGAAUACUGUGUAUGAAGUAUUGGAAGAUCUUGCUAAUGUUAGAAUGGACAAAACAGACCAGCAUGUGGAUGCAAGCGAUUCUCGUAUAAAGAGAGAUAUUGAAGAUAUUAAUAAACUUUUGGAGUGGCUCUUAUCACAUGAUCCGUUCCCUGUCAUUCCAAAAAUUAUGUCCAUUUCCAUCGGAGUCGUCGGCAAUGAUAAAAUUAAUUUUCAUAAUGCUCGUGCUGUUGGACUUGCUUCUAUAAGCAAAAUGACUGGUCAAACGUUUAAUAAUAUUAAAUUAAAACGCGCUGAUAGAGUACUUCCUCUUUUUAGUGCAAGUAGCGUCAUAAAAGUACAUGAUGAAAAGGUGCCUAUAGAUCCUGUAUUAUUAUUUCAACGCAUGAGCAUUACUCAGACAUUUGAAGAUACACUUGAAACAUUCUUCGCAUAUGAAUUAGCUCCUUACCCAUUAACACUCUUUGAUGCAGUGGGAAUGCGUAAAACUAUGAAGUCAGCUCUUUAUAAUUGCUUUGAUUGUUUAAACUUCGAUAUUGAGAACACAAAUUCUAUCUACAUCAUCGAUGGAGGGUAUCUAUUACACCGUGUGGUAUGGGAUCGAGAUGAAACAUUUCAAACUAUUUUUGAAAAAUAUGUUCAGUAUGUACAGACAUUUUGGUCAUAA